GAUGCCCUCAGAGAGAGGGAAAGGGAAAUACUUGCCUCUGGCAGAGUCUACGUAGGACAGGGUGGCUGACUGGCACAUCCUGAGGUUCUCUUCCCCAGUGGAUGGAGGUCCUCACCAUGCCCACUUUCUCCCCUGAAUCAAUUGAAGAAUACUUUGAGUACGAUGAAUCUGCCGAAGCCUGUUAUGUGGGGGACAUCGUGGCCCUUGGGGCAGUGUUCCUGUCCAUAUUCUACUCCCUGGUCUUUGCCUUCGGCCUCGUGGGCAAUCUGCUGGUGGUGUUUGCCCUCACCAACAGCCGGAAACCCAAGAGCAUCACUGACAUCUACCUGCUGAACCUGGCCUUGAGCGACCUGCUCUUCGUAGCCACUCUGCCCUUCUGGACUCACUAUGUGCUCAGCGAACAAGGCCUCCACAACGCCGUGUGCAAACUCACCACCGCCUUCUUCUUCAUCGGCUUCUUCGGAGGCAUAUUUUUCAUGACCGUCAUCAGCAUCGACAGGUACCUGGCCAUCGUCCUGGCCGCCAACUCCUUGAGCAACCGGACCGUGCAACAUGGCGUCACCAUCAGCCUGGGCGUCUGGGCGGCAGCCAUCCUGGUGGCAGCGCCCCAGUUCAUGUUCACAAAGCGAAAAGCAAACGAGUGCCUGGGUGACUACCCCGAGGUCCUCCAGGAAAUCUGGCCGGUGCUCCGCAACGUGGAAGUGAACUUUCUCGGCUUCCUGCUGCCCCUGCUCAUCAUGAGCUUCUGUUACUUCAGGAUCAUCCAGACACUGUUUUCCUGCAAGAACCAGAAGAAAGCUAAAGCCAUCAAACUCAUCUUACUGGUGGUCAUCGUGUUUUUCCUCUUCUGGACGCCCUACAACAUUUUGAUUUUCCUGGAGACUCUCAAAUUCUACGACUUCUUUCCUAGCUGUGACAUGAAGAGGGAUCUGAGGUUGGCCCUCAGCGUGACUGAGACGGUGGCGUUCAGCCACUGUUGCCUCAAUCCCUUUAUCUAUGCAUUCGCCGGGGAGAAGUUCAGAAGAUACCUCUGCCACCUGUACAGGAAGUGCCUGGCUGUCCUGUGUGGUCGUUCGGUGCAUGUCAGUUUCUCCCCGCCCGAAUCACAAAGAAGCAGGCAGGGAAGCAUUCUGAGCAGCAAUUACACUCACUACACAAGUGAUGGAGAUGCAUCCCUCCUUCUCUGAAGGGAUCCACAAAGCCUUGUCUCUACAGAGAACCCAGAGCUCCUGAAUCUGACACUGAGUAAUGAGAACAGAUUUUUCUUGUUGUUGCUUUGUAUGUGCAAGAAAUUUGGACCCAAAACUAACAAAACCACACUAGAGUGUUUUCAAGAAAUGUGCUCAAACUUGGAAUGGUAAAGGGUGCACGUGUCUCUUACUGCAAAUGUCAGGACAUUUUGCUCACAAGUGGCAAAAUUUUAACCCAGACUAUCUUUGUUGAAAAGGGAUCUGUGAGUGGUGUUCUCAUUGUGGCAUUGAUCAGGGGGUGACUGAACCCUCGGGGUGAGUGGAAACCAGGACUUGAAUUUAGCUAGAAUUUGCUCUCUCUCUGAUCCUCAAGGCUUUAAGCAGUGAUAGAUUUUCAAAGCUCACAUCAUACAGCUUUAUCACCAGAGAGGGAAUAAGACCCUUUCCUCUCCAGUCCCAAUGUCAAAUUUUCCAUAGAAAUCUUGAUUGGCCAAGUUUGCAUCAGGUGGUGGACCAGGUGGUGAACCAGGCGGUGGCAUCCGUCUAUAAGAAAGGGAUAUAUGGGAUCAAUAGCCUCCCCUGACCCAAUCUUCUGCUCUCACCUCAAGGUUAGAGGUUGAGAAAGAUGUGUUUCCUACAAGUUAGAGGAGUCGCUACUGUUCUGAUCAGACAGAACAAGAGCCACUCACCCUGUACCUGAGUUAGUUCCUUCCCUGAUCACACAAACCAGCACACACCUCUUCAUUAAACCUUCUUCUAUCUUGUCCCCAUACCUACAAGGGCUCCCCACUGCCCACUGCAUCAAGCCCAAACACAAAUGCCUGACCUCAGACUCUCCACCAUGCAGUUCAACCCACAGAUUCUCCCCUGCUUCCCUCUUCCCAGGGGAUCCCAUCCCCCCGGGCACUCACAUCCAUAUGUCAGCCAUAUCCAACCCUGUCUCUACCAUCAGACUUCACACAUCUCCCUCUACUUGCUCCCAAGCCCACGGGAAGAAGAAAAAAAAAAAGAACGCUGCCCCAAAGUGAAGGGAGGAAUUCCGAUCCCAGCUCUCUCACUUGCCCACUGGGUGGCCUGGGGCCAACUGAGCUUUAGUCCCUACAUGUAUAGAAGGGGGAUGAUGGUAUCUUUUGUGUAGGGAGCAUUCUCUCCAUCAUGAGGAACCAGUCACCAACUCUUGCAAGUCCCAAUCAUCUCACCUGUUUCCCAGACUUCAGCUGUACCCUCGCCUGGCAAUGAGGAGGCUGCACCAUGCCCAAGUGGGACAUAGCCUCCUCAGAGGAGGUCAGUUCCUGCAACAGCCCUCAGUGAACAGCUACAGCUGCAGCUAGGCAGCCUGCAGAAGAGAGUUCACCCUCAGUCUACAAUUGGAUCAUGCCCACUGCUGCCUGAGCUCUGGGCUCCCCAAAACAGGAAAAUGAGCCCCGAGAUCUGCAACCUUCCCAAUCCCCUCAACACAAGCCCUUGCCCAUCUGGAAGACAAUCCCUUUCACUCUUGCCACUACCAACCUGGAGAGACAAGCUAUGACAGCAGUUUUCUUCUUUCAGUUGGUUUAGAAAUUUAUGAAGUAAUCAUGCUAAAGAAAGCAUCAUCUACAAUCUAACCACAUGAGUAUUUUCAUUCCUGGGUUUGCCCAUCAAACCUGUUCACACUCACUUAUUUAGAGUUGCAAUCAUAAAGCACAGUUAUUAUGUAACCUGCUUUCUUCAAUGUUAGAUCCCAAAUAGCUCUGCGUCUGUGUAGUUUUGUAACAGUCCUUUUAGAAGACUCUACCAGAUUGCAUGCUCGUUGAGGCAGAUGUGCUGAUUCAUUGCUGUGUAUCUGGUCUCUCCUUGAUGGUAUGAACAUUUGUUUAAUGAAUGAGAAAAUGAGUCAUGUUCCUUCAAGAUCAUGCACCAUCAUUAACCCACCAUUACUCUGUUGAUAAACAUUUCACUCCUUUCCAAUACUUAGCAAAUACAUAUUUUACAGUA